CUAAGUUAGCUGCCCACUCUCCUUUUAAAAUUAUUUCAUUUCUCUCUCUUUCUCUCUCUACUUUCUCUCUCUUCAGCUAACAACAAUAAGGAAAGAAAGAGAGAAAGAGCAGAGAAAUUCUUUGUUGCUUUGAAAUUAUUCUGGGUUGUCCUUUCCUUUCACAUUGAUUUUUUCCAUAACUUUCUCGAGAAAAUUUCACCCCUGUUCUUAUUUUCCCGGAAAAUCUGAGAUCUCUGUUUCGGCGGUGGGGGAAGGAAAAGAAAAACAGAGGCCCUCUGUUUUUCGUGUGUUGUGUAAUGCUGGAAUUAGUGGGCGGCGGUGAAACAGGGUGUUGCAGCCCGUUGGUGACAGAUCCGGCGGCCGGAGAUCUGACAUUUUUGGAUUCAAUUUGUAAAUCGUGAAACCCAGAAGGAAGGGAAAGAAGGGGGAAGAUGCUGAGAACGAAGACUAGUAAAGCCCCACCGGCGGCGCCGACAAACGGCGGAGAAUCGAGGGCGAUGGAUUGGGAAAUGAGACCCGGUGGAAUGUUGGUACAGAAACGAACUGACUCGGAGAAAAACUCGGUUGCGCCGCUGAUUGUACGAGUCCGAGUCAAGUACGGGACGGUGUACCAUGAAAUCUCCAUUAACUCUCAAGCUACUUUCGGAGAAUUGAAGAAAAUGUUGGUAGGGGCAACGGGGUUGCACCAAGAAGACCAGAAACUGAUAUACAAAGAAAAAGAGAGAGAUUCAAAGGCAUUUCUAGAUAUGUGUGGUGUUAAGGAUCGUUCCAAAAUAUUGCUGUUAGAAGACCCAAUUAGCCAAGAGAAAAGAUUGCUAGAGAUGAGAAAAAAUGCCAAAUUGGAAAAGGCUUCUAAAUCCAUUUCCCAAAUCAGCUUGGAGGUUGAUAGACUUGCUGGUCAGGUUUCAGCGUUGGAAUCAGUAAUUGGCAAAGGUGGGAAAGUUGCUGAGAAAACAGUGUUGAAUUUGACUGAGUUGCUUAUGGAUCAAUUGCUUAAAUUGGACGGAAUUAUGGGGGAUGGAGAUGUCAAAUUACAGAGGAAAAUGCAGGUAAGAAGGGUGCAAAAGUAUGUUGAAACUUUAGACAUAUUGAAGAUCAAAAACGAAAACCAAACCCCAAUGCAAGUACAGCAGAGGAAUUCAGAUGGGCCGAAACAAGUCCAAGCCCAAGCCCACGAUCAUCCUGGUCAGAAGCCCAAUGGACAUCAUUCGCAACCGUCGAUGGGGGAUUCGUCGUUGGUGCCCAAAAGGAAAUCGACAUCAGAGACCGUUGUUACGACAAGAUGGGAGAUAUUCGAUGCGAUGCCACCAUUGGUGGCAACCUCAUCUUCAACUGCAAUCCCAGCAACAGCAGCAGCCAACAACAACAACCAUGUUCAGCCCAAGUUCAAUUGGGAAUUUUUUGAUUGAAAAAUUUUCGAAAGAAUUUUAUUGUGUAUUAUUUGUCUGAUGUGUGAUUGAGGUUUGUUACUUCUGUUGGUUUGAUUUUUCUUUCUUUCUUUUUUUCCUCUUCUUCUAUUCUUUUGUGUACUUAAUUUUGCUAAUUAGGACAAUACCCUUUGUCAUUAAGUUCAAUAAAUGGGUUUCUUUCUAUAGACAUUUAUCAAUUCAAGGUGGUA